GUAUUUUUUAAAUGUAUUUUUACAUUUUUUUAUUCAUACAUACAUACAUACAUACAUACAUACAUACAUACAUAACGUUUUUAGGUUUCCUAAUAAUACAUUUUAAAAAGUCCGUAUAUUGCUACCACACAUUGCUUCAUGCUGAUUAACAGAGUCUAAAUACAUUUUUAAAAAUAUGUAAUAGCUAUACUAAAGUGGCCCUGUGACAGACUGGUGACCUGUCCAGGGUGUCCCCUGGCUUCACUCUAGGUCAGCUGGAUAGACUCCAGCCUCCUUCGACCCUACAGAGGAUUAAGCGGUGUACAGAUAAUGGACGAUGGCUAUACUCAAGUGCAGCAUUUUCUACUUUGGGCUUUUUAAAAUGGGUGUUGACUUAGAUCAGGCACAUGCAAACUUACUUUGUGUUUAUUUUUAAUGUUCCUAUAUUACUAUCUUGUCAUAAUGAACUGGUGAAACUUUGUAAAAAUCUAAAUAAAGCUCUGUGGUAAGACACAAUUUGGGCUGGAAGCUCUGGACCUGCAGCUCCUCUUAAUUUUACAUAAUAAGAUGCAACAUUAAUGUUCCACAUGUGUUGGAGACUUUAUACUCGUGAGCUGUGUUUUUCAUAUUCUGACAUUAUUUCAUCAUUUUUAAAACUUAGUAUAAUUGCUGUUUAGGAAGUGGGUUGUUAUUGCCCUUAGUUGGGUCUGUCAGGAAGAGUGUUACAACAAGACUGUGUGCCGCCCCUAAGUCCAUGACUGCCCCCAGCAAGUUUCUUCAGUCCAGACAGCGACGUGUAGACAGUGAGAGCCAGCAGCACCUUCAGUUUUCUUGCAGAGUCCACAGUUUGAGCCUCUUGCACCGAAAGAGGUGGGCUUUGUGGGAGUCUUAACCCUGACAGUCUAAACUCAGGACAUAAUAAAUUCCAGUACUACAGCUCCUCCGACCUCUCCCUUCGCUGCAUUCAAACGUCACUUUCAGAAGUUGCCACGAAAGCAGAGCUUCAUGAUGUGGAAGUUGGUGAGCUGCACAUUUUGCCUCUUUGUGUCCUCACAGCUGAGCUUGUGGUCCGUUUGGGCUUCAGCUGAGGAGCUGGAGGGAGAGGUGAAGACUGAGGUUUUAUUUAAGCCCGAGGAGUGCACUCAGAGGAGCAAGAGAGGAGAUCUGGUCAACGCUCACUACGAUGGGUACCUCGCCAAAGAUGGUUCCCAGUUUUACUGCAGUCGAUCAGACAAAGAUGGGCACCCUCAGUGGUUUGUGCUGGGUGUCGGACAAGUUAUCAAAGGCCUUGACAUUGGGAUGAUGGAUAUGUGUCCUGGAGAAAAGCGAAAGAUAACAGUUCCAUCUGUGUUGGCAUUUGGUGAACAAGGCAAAGGUCCAGUGCCACCCAAUGCUACUGUGGUCUUUGAGGUGGAGGUGUUCUCUGUGUCCAGGGGCCCACGCAGCAUGGAGGCAUUUGGAAAGAUGGACAUUGAUAAAGACAAAAGUCUCACAAAGACGGAGGUUAAAGAAUAUUUGAAGCUGGGGUAUGAAAAAAAUGGGAAGCCUCGUGAUGAGCCUUUCUAUGAGAAGAUUAUGGCUGAUAUAUUCCGCAAGAUUGACCAUGACCGAGACGGACUGAUCAGUACGAAGGAGUAUAAUAUUUAUGAGCAUGAUGAGCUCUAAUGUCUGAGGUGGUUGAUUCUGUUGUUUUGUUUAGUUAUGGUUUGUACUUUGAGUAUUUAGAAAGAAAACAAGAUUCGUUCAUGAAAUACAGGAAAUGUCCAUCAACAGAUGUUCUUGCACUGUUAGAUAUACAGUAUAUUUAGUUUUUUUUUCAGUCUACACCUCUUUAUGUCAACAUGUCUCACCACUUCUACUUCAGCUAGUAGGUUAUUGCUUUUCCUAAAGUGCCUUUUGAAAAUCCCUACUUGUUUUCAGGCGUGCAGAAGCUGCUGUGGAUUUACAGAAAAGUAUCUCUUCCUCUUCUGUGGUUGUCUUUUUCUUCAUUUUUGGCAUCAGCUCAGUGGCAUUAAUACAAAGAGGAUUCUUGGCUCUUUGUGUGACUGUUUUUUAUGUUUUAAAAUGUUUUGCUAUGAAAAAAACUGUAGCAGUGAUUAUUUGAUAAUCAAAAUACUGGAGGAUGAGCGUUUUGUGGAUGCAUUAUUUUUUUCUUUUAAGAGCAGACAAGGAAUAAGUGAGAUAGUCACUAUUUCCAAUCCAGCAAAGAACGUCUGCGGAACCUGUGAAAAUGCGUACUUUUCUGCAAAUACCACUAAAUUUGAUAAUCUAAAAACAUUUGUUCUUGGUUAACAUAUACAUUUGCGGCACAAACACAAAACCUCAAGAUUGCACAAUGUUGUUGAAUCAUUGGCUCUUGAAACUUUAACGUGACUGUCAUGUGAGAAUGUGGUUUAACAAGACACAAGAAUGAACAACUCUGACUUUCCCUACCCCUUUUGAAUAUUUAGUCCAACAAUCUGCAAUAUAGCAUUGAUGUACAGCUCCACAGAUAACAGUGGAAACUUUGAAAAAGAGACUGGCGUAUAUUUUUAGAACUAAUCAUAUAAGAAUUCCCAAACAGGAUGUUUAAUGAAAAGAAAAUGUAAAGGAAAUGAAAUGUGAGACAUCAUUAAUUGACAGUAAAUGCACACACACGUUUUAUGUCUUUAUAUGGUCAAAACUCUGAUUACUAUUGUACUCUGGUGAAGCAUUUUUUCAUUUAGUAACUAAGUCAAGAAUUUACUACACUGUGUUUGAUUUUGCGGCAAGAGAAUAAAUGAGAGAGAUUUUGUAUUUGCAUUCAACCUCUAGCUUCGGUGCUGUAAGGACAGACCUGAAUAAAAACAUCACAUUUUGCAGAACUGCGUGACUUUCUGACCAGAAAUUACAAAAUGACAAUUUACUUGUCAUAUGUUGGUGUUUUCUUUAUUCUGUGAUAAAUGCAUUUUGUUUUUUCA